AAUAGAACGGCUCGCAAUUUUCCUCGCGAAAUAGAUAAACUCAACAGUCGCGUCACUCCACCACCUGCUGCGUCGAAAGAAAACAGAAGCGCCUCAUAAACAAGUGUGUUUCACCUCGAUCUCAUCUGCGCUCCGUCGAUUUACUGAAAAUCCGCGCGUUUCAGCGAAAAAAGUCGCUGCUCGCGUUAUUGCCUCGCAUACGGAGAUAAAAAUCGGCGAGUCGGUCUCUUAUCGCGUUUUAUCGUCGUCCACCUGUUGGCCACACGCUCAUAGUACACGCGACUCUCGGAGCUUAUUAUCGGCCAGCUUCGACGCUUCCGCAUCGCAGGUUCGACCGUCGCUGAGUUCGGUGACUGACGCAGUCGAGUGAGUGAUUGCGGAUAAUUGACAUGUUCUGAUGCGCUUUGGACUGGACUGAUGGUUGGAGUUUUCAGGAUGAAUCGUUAUCGUUAGUGACAAUUAGCAGCACACUUAAAAAUUCAACAGUAGAGAAUCACCGCAAAUAGCAUUUGCUGCGCUAUCAGCAAUAUCGAGCGCGACGAACAGUAGUGCUCACAAAAGCCGAGUCAGGCCUCGAUCGAUCGUCGACAGAGUCAAAAGUCAUUGCAAAAAUGAUCGAGUCCCUGAGAGUCUUGCGACUCUUGUUCUACAAGAACUAUUUGAUGCGCAAACGUCAAUGGAUAGUCAGUCUACUGGCUGAAUUCGUCAUACCAGUGGGCCUGAUUCUGACGGUCUGGGCGAUUCGAAGCUUGGUAUCAGAGCCGCCCAUGAGGACCGGCCGCAGCACUUACUAUCCAUUGGUGUCGCAAAAGGCCUUAGCCGAUGCAGCGACGAGAUACCGGAGGCAGGUGCGGAUACACUAUGCGCCGAACUCUGAUCCCGUCAAAGACCUCAUGCGAGAUAUUACGGACAGCUGUUUGCCGAACAACCAGAGCUUUAUAUUCGGUUACCCAUCGGAGAGAGAGUUGAUUCGCGGUACACGGAAGGAUACAGAGAACGGUUUGGGACCUGUAGGGAUAGUCUUCGACGACUUUGACAAUAAGACGAAGAAUUUAAAGUACAAGAUACUAUCGUUAGCAUUGAAUCGAAACGAGCUGUACAACAUAAUGGAUAUAAACAUGACCUAUUACUACACAGAGAGCAAUGCGUUCACGAUUGUACAACUCUGUUUGGAUGAAGCAUUUGCGAAAAGCAAAUCAAAGAUGAUAAGGAACGUAUUGGAUCCAGAGAAAAUCUUUAUACAGCAGAUGCCUUUACCUCCUUACACGAAAUUAAGCUUGACUGACACGAUAUUCAGACAACUGUUCGGUGCGAUCUUAGUUGUGGCUCUGAUGAUUCCCUUGUUCAUCGAGACACUGAUAGCAUCCAACGAAAGAUUCCUUGGCGUUAAUGUGUUAAUGUCCAUGAACGGAGUAUCCAACGGCUUGAACCUGUUCAGUUGGUUGGUCAGCAAUUGGAUUUUUCUUAGCAUCGUCAUAGUUCUCCCCACAGUCAUAGCAGUGCUUUACUCGGUCACUGACGUAACUCCUUUUUUAAACAGCGGAAAUCCAUUUAUAAUUUGGAUAGUAUUCAACAUUCACGUUGCCCAUCUUUUGGCUUACGGUCUGCACGUGUCCUCGUAUUUUUCAAAAUCUUUGCUCGUUAUCUUUGGCCUAUUGAUCCUGAACGUGGGAUCCAUGGCUCUGCAACAACACGGCUUCAAUGAGGACUCUUAUCCCAUUGCACCAUAUCUGGGCAUAUUUUUACCAAAUUUUUUAAUUUACCGAGCAGUGGAAGAACUGAACUACUACGAAACGAUCGGCUCUGGAGUCCAGUGGAGCAACUUAUUCGACGUUGGAAAUACUGAAUAUAAAUUCGCGGGAAGCAUGGGAAUGGUGAUGAUACUGUCCAUAAUAGGCUUGAUUUUCCACUUCACUAUGGCUGUGUACAUGUACGCAAUUAAUCCUGGUAAAUAUGGCGUCAAGAAGCAUCCGCUGUUUUUCAUAAAGAGAAAAAGUAGCAAGACUGCUAACAGCCAUAUUGAGAGCGUAGAAGAUAGCGAUGUGACUGGAAAACCUUUUGAAACCGUUCCAGGAGGUGCCUACACACCAGGAAUCACAAUACGGAAUCUGAAGAAAGAUUACAGCAUCGGUUUUUUCAAGAAUGCGAAAGUACAAGCAUUGCGAGGUGUUUCCAUAGACUUCUACAAGGGCCAGAUCACAUCUUUACUGGGCCACAACGGUGCCGGAAAAACGACGAUGAUGUCUAUUUUGACAGGAAUGAUGAGCCCUUCCGAAGGUGUCAUACUGGUCAAUUCAAAGGAUAUUGAAAGCAAUACGAGUGAAGUCUUGAACGACAUGGGACUAUGUACGCAAGAGAACAUGCUAUUCCCAAAUCUCACUGUUAUUCAACAGUUGACCUUUUUCGCUAUGCUAAAAGGCAAGGAUAAAUCAAGGGCUCAAGUGAGAUCAAAUGUCUACGCCCUCCUGGAAAAGCUCAAAUUGUACGACAAACGAAAUGUGCUGCCGAAAACUUUGUCCGGUGGUCAGAAGAGAAGGGUUUGCCUUGGUAUGGCUCUAGUGGGUGAUCCUGGCACCUUGAUCUUGGACGAGCCGACCUCUGGAUUGGAUCCUGAAAGUAGGAGAGUCAUAUGGGACAUAUUAUUGAAAAUGAGAGGCCAAAAGACCAUCUUGAUAAGUACGCAUGACAUGGAAGAGGCUGACAUUCUUGGUGAUAGAAUUGCGAUCCUGCACACUGGACAAUUGAGAAGCUAUGGAACUGCCAUGUUUCUAAAAAAAUUGAUAGGCGAAGGUAACGUAGAAGUGACGUUGUCCGUUGGAUCAUCGUGCUACCCAGAAAAAAUCCUUCGCGAGCUGGACUGCCGGGGAAAAAUCAUCAACCAAGAUGGUAGCAAGGUGGUCGUUAGCAUUCCUAACUCUCCUGAUCUGCCAGAAGCACUAGACAAAGUCGAGCGUAAGAAAAAGGAACUUGGCAUAACUGGUUUGAGUGUUUCACUGAUCAGUUUGGAGCAGGUGUUCUUGAAAGUCACCCAAGAAGACGAUGCCCCAGCAACGUGGCAGGAACCUUUACGUACCGCGGAUUCUAAACCACCAGAUUUCGAACAAUGCAGUAGAGCGUUAUUGCGCAAGAAAGUGACCUAUACGUGGAAAAAUUUAUCUACCAUCAUCAUCAUGUUGUCUUUGAUGGCCAUGGCCUUGCUUGCGAUUUCCUUGAUUUUGAAAGAAACAGAUUUUCAGAAACAAAUUCACAAGAUAAACGAAAUCAAGCUCAGCAUGUACAAGCAGCCUGAGGUAUUUUACAAAAUGAAUAGCGGUCUAAUAAGGCGAGCAUAUAAUAAGGUAGCUGAGGAGGCAGGUGGAAAAGCCACUAACGUUGGCAACUCUAGUCUUAGUGAAGCCUUGAUCAAUUACGCGAAAAACGAUCUCACAGCUUAUGAAAAUAAGCUUAUAGCCGCCGCAGAAGUCAACUCGAGCAUGUUUGCGGGAUAUUCCGCCAGUGCGUUGUACUCGAACAAGGCUGUCUUUAGUUUGCCCAUAUCGGUUAAUCUUAUGACGAACACACUGAUCAAGUCUGUGCUCGGUGAACAGUAUUCCAUCAGUGUAUCCAGUCAAACGAUGAUAUCCAAAUACAAUAGAAGUUACAGCGAUAAUACGAUGGUCAAUGCAAUCACCACUGCUAUUAUAUUCUGUUUUUUGUUCUUCCCGACUAUCGCUCUUUUUGCUCUUCAUCCUCUGAGAGAGACUUCGACUUACGUUAAGCAGUUGCAGCGGAUGGCUGGUGUGCCGUUUAUUGAAUAUUGGGGUAACAUGAUGUUUUUCGAUAUGGGAUCGUUGGUACUGUUGCUCGCACUCCUCAUUGGUGGCUUUGUCGCCAUGGACGAGAUUUUGGGCUUUCGGAUUUUCGAUCUGCGGGAGCCCGUCGUGAUAUCUGCAAUCUGCUACAUGCUCUUCGCCUUGAAUACGUUACCACUCGUUUACUGCUUCAGUUUCAUCAACUUGAGUCCCAGUAAUGUGAUACGAUUGUUAACGUACAUACCAGUCGGUUUUGUCGUUUUGGAAACCAUCAUGUACACCGUUAACAUCACUCUAGGCUAUUACAAAGCAGUGGAGAUAAUCCGUCCGAUUCAGAAGGGGAUCUUCCUUCUGGUGCCAUACGUGAGCUUUUUCCACAGUCAAAUCUCGUUCUACACCACCGCGCUAACCAACGCCAGGUGUAAGCGGAUGCCGAACGAAUUUUACGAUGUCGCGUGCAAAUCCCGCGUCGGUGAUAUAUGUUGCACUCUCGAUUGCUACGAGCAGAACUGCGUGAAGAGCGUCAAGUACUUUAGCAACUUCGAAAACGACGUUACACUGGAAGAGAGUUUGAUAUACAUGUGCGUCACACCUAUACUGUACAUCGGAAUUCUCUUCGUACUGGAUCAUCAGCUGAUCCAGAAGAUCAAAGCAAAAUUGACAACGGAGGAGACGCCUUAUUACACCACUGAUGAUGAGGUGAAAAGGGAAAAGUCGGCGAUCGGUCGGAAGAUUUCAACCAUCAACGGACGCAGCAUCCCCAACUACAUCCCCAACGGUAUAGUAGAAGACCAUCCACCAGCUACUUGGGGAACCUCGAGCAAUCAGGCUUUCCUGGUUUACGGCUUGCGCAAGCAGUACGGCGAGCUCAUGGCGGUAAAGGACGUCAGUUUCGGCGUCAAUCAGCGCGAGUGCUUUGGCCUGCUGGGUGUCAACGGGGCUGGCAAGAGCACGACGUUCCGCAUGAUGACGGGAGGCGAGGUACCCGACAGCGGGAUCAUGUACAUCGGCGACAAGAGUGUUCAUAAAGACAGAAUAUAUUUCCACUCACGAAUAGGUUACUGUCCUCAAAACGACGCUCUCAUAAGCUCUCUCAAUGCUUACGAUCACCUGCGACUAUUCGGUCGUCUUCGCUGUAUCCCGGAAGACAAGUUGGAGGCCGAGGUGGCAAUUUGGAUCAAUAAGCUGAAUCUGAACGCUUGCGCGAAACAGCCGAGCGGCACUUACAGCGGCGGCAACAAACGCCGACUGAACAUAGCAAUUGCCCUGAUUGGCGUUCCGAGUCUGGUGUUAUUGGACGAGCCGACGACGGGCGUCGAUCCGGGCGCCCGACGAUCGCUCUGGAAUGUCAUCCAGUCCUGUCAGACUAUGGGACAGGCCGUCGUUUUGACGUCGCACAGUAUGGAAGAGUGCGAAGCUCUCUGCAAUCGACUGGCAAUAAUGGUAGACGGUAGGCUGGUAUGCAUCGGGCCGAGUCAAGAGUUGAAACAACGUUUCGGGGCUGGUUAUGAUAUUCACGUUAAAUUGAACCCGGAGAAAGCCAGAGAUCAAGUCGAUGGCAUCAAAAACGACAUGAGGCAAGCGCUGACUUGCGAACUCACCGACGAAAACGCGGGUUACCUCAUGUAUCACGUGACUCCGACCGAUACCACUUGGAGGAAGAUGUACAACGUGAUGAACGUGAUGAAGAGCAAGUACGACUGCAUCGAAGAUUUCUCCGUGCUGUCGUCGACUCUCGAGCAGUUGUUUUUACUGUUUGCCAGGGCAGCCAAUAAGGAAACGACUAAGCCUAAAGAAGAAUAGCGGUUUUGAGAAUGAGAUUUUUACAUAGAUGUGUCAUUUUUGCUAUCGUUCAAUCUUGAAAAUACGUUUUAUGUUUAUGUAUGUGCGGCCACAAAAGUAUUUUUUUUUGUAAUUUAUUUAUAGUUAAGUCUAGCAUUACGAUAAAUUACGAGAAAGUGCAGUUUCGUACUUAAUUUUAAGAUUAUUUAUGGCUUUUUUAAAGUAUUGUACUAAAAUAAUUUGCAUCUGCAUUUGCAUAUAUGUUUAUUUUACAUGGAAUAAGUAUAGUUUUGGUACUAUUUAUACAAGUGUAUUUAGAAGAGUUCAAAUUCUAUUAGACGUUGACCAAUAUUAUGAAAUAUUAAAAAACAGUUGUUUGCCGUGAAUGAGAUGAACUCAUAUAUCAGAUGACUGAUUUGGUUGACAUAUCCAAUAAAACCUUAAAACAUGA